GCGCUGUCAGUUUUGACGUUGCUUUUGGCGCGAAAUGACGUUGUUAAUGCAACUAUUUUUUUCAAAUCGCGUUUAUUUACAAUAAUACCGUUAAAUAAAUAUAAAAUAAGAAAUGACAAUGGAUUUAAAAGAGAUUAUAAAGUGGUUUAUACCCUGUUUUCAUAUUUUGCUAUAUUUAAACAAAAAAAUGAACACGCGAUUGACUAUGGUUUUUUUGUGUUUAUUUUUUAAUUUAUUCCCUGUUCACGGAGCAAAAGUAAAUAGUGUUGUACAGUUAGAUUUAAGUUCAAAUAGUAUUAAUGAUACCAAAAAAUUAGUGAAUUUCGAUGAUGUAUCUAAGUUUAACCAAAGUGAAGGAAUUGAGAAGCGAGAUGCAAAAAACUUAGGAUUUAGUUCGGAUGACACAUCAGUCGGCAGAACCUUCGGCCGGCCGCUGAAGAAGAUGAUGGGGGCGCUUUUGCCGGUGCUGUUCCAGAUUGGCGCAGCGUCCACGUGGGCGGUGGUGGCCGCGAUGGUGGGCGUCAAGACCUUGCUGGUCACGCUCGCCAUACUGAAGCUGCUGCUCAUGGCUGGUGCUGCUAAGUUGGGAGCGCUGUACGCGAGUAAAGACCACCAGAGUCACCAGGGCUGGGAACCCCACCAGAAGGAGAUACACUUGCAUAUACACAACGGCCACGUGUCCACUGACGAACAUAUAUCCAGUUGGAAUCGAGACAGCUUACCGUUGGGGGUCAACAAGAAUAUUAACGUGGCAGUCGACCCGUACAGUGCCGGACCACAGACAAUAAACACGCCUUAUGGAAGCUACAUUAAAAUUGAUUAAUUUAUAUUAUAAUUAUGGACUUUAUUAGAGACUGCGUUGAUGCGUUCAUAGUAAAAUAUUGUAAAUAGUGAUAAUUAAUUUUUUAGAUUAACAAAAUGAAGUCACAUUAUGUAAUUAAAUAAUAUAUUUAAUAACUCCCUCUGUGCGAUGUUGCUGCCACCUAGAAUAAGCAACUGUUUAGUAUUAAAAAGUUUUGUUUAUUUUUAUAUUUUAUAUUGUAUAUUUUGUUUAUAUAAUUUAUAUAAAAUUAAACGAAAUACUUUAAUUUCUAUAA